AGCGGAGUUUUGAUCCGAGCUCGGCAGUUGGCAGAUAAACCCGGUCAGAGACGCCAUUGUAGGACUGUACGACGGUGCAAAGGAAACAAUUGAAUUUUAAUAGUCAGUUCGGACCUUUGUCUUUUGGUUCGCAGUAAAAAUUUGAUUUGUUUUAUUUUCUAAUUCUCACGUAUAUCCCCGAGUUACCAUGGCGUGCGGGGCCACGUUAAAGCGCUCGAUGGAGUUUGAGGUCCUUCUUAGCCCCCAGUCCCCAAAGCGGAGGAGGUGCAACCCGCUGCCGGGGACGCCGGGUACCCCGUCGCCGCAGAGGCGCAGCCUGCGGCCGGCUGCCGAAAGCCCAUCGCAUUCCAUGUCGCCUCAGGCGCUUGGGGGGGAGCACAGGCUCACACCAGAGCAGAUCUUCCAGAACCUCAAACAGGAGUAUAGCCGUUACCAGCGGCGACGGCAGCUGGAGGGCGCCUUCAACCAAACUGAGGUUGCUGGGCCCAGCGAGUGUCAGAGCACCAGCCCCACGCUCACCGCCCCCAGCUCCCCACCUGUAUGUUUUCCAGGGGCCUCGUCUGUGAAGAAGGACCAGCCCUCGUUUACCUUGCGCCAGGUGGGCUACCUGUGUGAGCGUCUCCUCAAAGACCACGAAGAAAAGAUCCGUGAAGAGUAUGAACAGAUCCUCAACACAAAGCUCGCAGAGCAGUACGAGUCCUUUGUGAAGUUCACACAAGACCAGAUCAUGCGGCGGUAUGGAGCCAGGCCAGCGAGCUAUGUCUCCUGAAGAUCCUACUCUGUUGGUACCAGCUUUCCUCCACCAAGAUGGCUGCUGUACUCCUUACCAUCUCCCACGUCCUUUGUUUUUAUUUUCUUCCACAAUGUUUGGGUGCCAUGAUUUUACCUUUUUAAUCCCCCGGAGGAGCUCCGCUCUGUUUUGCUGCUGGCCUGUUCUGAGUCGACGUCCUCGCCGGUGUGUGCGCACCGUCCUGAAAACACGCCGUGCUUUGGGAAGCUCGUCCCUGUGACUGUCCUAUUACCUUGCCAAUGCUGCCAAAGCAGGCCUGUCCCAGUUUCUCUCCCACAUGUCACACACACACGGAUGUUGACUUUUAAUUUCCACCUUCUCUGUAUAAAUAAAACUGAAGUCACUCUUUCCCCUGUACAUAAUUCAUA